AUGGGUGCGGGCGAGGACAGCGGCCAACAACUCGCAGCGCUGCAGAGUGCGACCACAAACUUGAAACAGCAGGUCCUGAGGCUUCAGAGCGCCUUCCUCGCACACUUCAGUUUGCAGAAUAGCAUGGAGACUGUCGUCGGCCAGCAAGACGCCGAGCUGCUGCCCUCCCUGGCGCCAGAUCUUCCGCUGCGGCCGGAGGCACGGCUGGAGCCCGUGGAGAUGGAGCCGCCCAACUUCGAGGCUGGUGAGACCACCAGGUCUGUGAAGGAUGCUGAAGGGCGCCUGACGUGA